AUGGUCGAAUAAAGACUUCCAUUGCUUUGAAGACUUUAUUGUAAGUAGGAUAUAUCAUUCUUUCUUGUUCUCUCUAAACAGAGUCGAUGGCGAUUGUGACAUUGAUAUGGGCUCUGAUCUCUGCAGUUUCAGCCCUAAUAAUUGCAAGAAUGGUAUGGAUUGUGAUGGGAGGUCGCUGGAAUAGGAAAAGGGCCGUAGGGUUCUUCCACCCCUAUACCAACGACGGUGGCGGUGGAGAGAGAGUUCUCUGGUGCGCCGUUAAAGCCAUUCAAGAAGACACUCCUCAUCUUCAUUGCAUCAUCUACACCGGAGACCACGACGCUUCCCCUGAAAGCUUGACGGCCCGAGCCCUAGAUCGUUUUGGUGUCAAAUUAGUCUCUCCACCUAAGGUGGUACAUUUAUAUAAAAGGAAGUGGAUUGAAGAAACCACUUACCCUCGUUUCACCAUGAUUGGUCAAAGCUUUGGUUCAGUCUAUCUUUCAUGGGAAGCUUUAUCCAAGUUCACCCCACAUUACUAUUUCGAUACUAGUGGAUAUGCUUUUACUUAUCCGGUUGCACGCAUAUUUGGAUGCAAAGUUAUUUGCUACACACAUUAUCCAACCAUCAGUUUAGACAUGUUAUCUCGUGUUCGUGGACGGAAUUCAAUGUAUAAUAAUAAUGCGUUGAUUGCUCAGAGCAUUUGGCUAUCCCAGUGCAAGGUCAUCUAUUAUAUAUUAUUUAGCUGGAUGUAUGGGAUAGUAGGCUCUUGUGCACACCUUGCAAUGGUGAACUCUUCCUGGACACAAUCUCAUAUUGAGAAGCUCUGGGGAAAUCCAGGCCGCAUUAAGCGAGUUUACCCUCCUUGUGAUACUUCAGGACUUCAGGUACUUCCCUUGGAAAGACAAAUGAAAAAUCCAACAAUAAUUUCUGUUGCUCAAUUCCGUCCAGAGAAGGCACAUGCUCUUCAACUUGAGGCUUUUUCAAUUGCCAUCAAUAAAUUAGAUGCAGACUUGCCUAAACCAAAGCUCCUAUUUGUGGGUAGUUGUCGGAAUAAGGCAGAUGAGGAAAGACUGCAGAAUUUGAAAGAUCAAGCUAUUGAACUGAAGGUGGCAGAGUAUGUAGAGUUCUACAAGAAUCUGAUGUAUAGAGACUUGGUGAGACUCCUAGGGAGUUCUGUUGCAGGGCUCCAUUCCAUGACAGACGAGCACUUUGGCAUAAGCGUUGUGGAGUACAUGGCUGCAGGUGCCAUACCAAUCGCUCAUAAUUCUGCUGGCCCAAAAAUGGACAUUGUGUUGGAAGAAGAUGGACAACAAACUGGAUUUCUUGCCCAAACUGUGGAAGAAUUUGCAGACGCCAUACUGAAAAUUACUAGGAUGCCAGAAACGGAAAGACUUAAGGUGGCUGCAGCUGCAAGGAGACGGGCAUGCAUGUUUUCAGAGCAAAAAUUCUAUGACGAUUUCAGAGCUGCUGUUCGACCAAUUCUGUGCAAUAUGAACGCAUAAAUAUGUCUCACUUGUAAUGUACACUAAAGGGAUCUCACUUGUUUGUUUGUGUUUUUUUACCCAGGAAGAGCAUAGGUAGGAAAACUGUCAUAUUUCAAUAUAAUCAAAGGAAUAUAAUGUUUUUUUUAAUCCA